UCCCCUGACCCUCCCCUCUGUUUCUCUAACCUAAAACCCAGAAGCUCUCAACAGGAGCUUCAAAUUCUAGCCACCAAAAUGGCUUACAUGCGAAGUCUCUCGAGUCGAUCAACGAUCAUGAAACGACAAUAUUAUCCGCGUUUCACAUACAUCCUCAACGACGACCACCACCAGAAGGAGAAAAACCAAGAACAACUUAAUGCCUCCGCAAAACCAGCAAUCACUCCCACUAAUUGCUUUCCUCAAAGAUCCUUCUACACCGCUCCGACCUCUUCUUUCGGCUCUCUUCUUCGCGAACCAAAUCACACACACUUCGCCGGUGCGUGUUUAGUGCGCUACAUGUCUACCACCACCACUACUUCCGCGGCGGAGAAUAUCGAUGUGGUGAUGGAUAUGGCGGCUCCUGCUGUGAAUGAGGUUGCGGUAGCUGCUGCGGAUUCUUUCUUACCUGUGGCGGUUCUUCAGCAUGCGAUUGAUGCUGUUCAUAAUUUUACUGGAUUCAAUUGGUGGGCUUCGAUAGUUGUGACUACAUUGCUUAUAAGAAGCUUUACGCUUCCUCUUUUGAUAAAUCAGUUGAAAGCCACCUCCAAACUCAGUAUCGUAAGACCAAAAUUGGAGGAGGUUAAGCAAAGGGUGGAACGCCAGGGUAUGGACCCCGCUGCUGUUUCUGAAGGUCAAAAAGAAAUGAAGAAGCUGUUUAAGGAACAUGGUGUGAGUCCGUUUACUCCACUGAAGGGGCUCUUCAUUCAAGCUCCUGUCUUCAUCAGCUUUUUCCUUGCUAUUACAAACAUGGCAGAAAAAGUGCCAUCCUUUAAAAGCGGUGGAGCAUUCUGGUUCGUUGACCUCACAACUGCAGAUGAUUUAUACAUCUUUCCAGUUUUGACAGCAUUAACUUUCUUGAUAACAGUAGAGUGCAAUACGCAAGAAGGAAUGGAAGGAAAUCCUGCUGCUGGCACCAUGAAAAACGUUUCCAGGGCCCUCGCUGCUGCUUCAGUUCCUUUGACUAUGAGUUUUCCAAAGGCUAUAUUUUGUUAUUGGAUUACAUCAAACUUGUUUUCACUUACAUAUGGGCUUGUGCUCAAAGCUCCUGGGGUAAAAGAAUUCUUGGGUGUUCCAAAAGUACAUGUGGCACCACCAACUACUGCUGCAAAAUCAUCUUCCUUUGAUCUGUUUUCAGCAAUCAAACAACUCUCAACAGCCAGAAAGGAACCUACCCCAUCCCUGCCCAUUGAACCACCAAAGCUUUUUGAGCAUAAAAAGUCUUCAUCUUCAGUAAUCACUAAAAGGAUAAGAAGUCUAGAGAAAGAAGUAAAGGGAAGAAAGAAAAAUAAGAAGAGGUGAAAUGGUUUCUCAUUAAGAUUAAAUCAUCUUUGAUUACAUCAGAGGAGGAUUGACUGCUAGUGAAGUUCUCAAGUCAGUGUAAUAUUAGCUAUUCAUGAUUCAUAUAUUGUUUUGUGGCUAGAUUCAGCCUUGUUAUUUCAAUAAACCGUGUUGCAAUUUUGAUGUGCAAAAUACUAUGCUAUCAUACCCGGUUUUUCUUCUCUCUAGCAUUCCAAGCCUUAAUAUGGCUUGGAGAAAUCUUCUUGUAGUUCAUGGAUUUCAAGGAAGAUGAAAACCAUCAGGGCAUUGGUUUAUUUAGUGAAGCUCAUUUUCUGUUGUA